UCUCUUUGAUAUCACUGUGCUCUCGGAUUCCCCUCAGUGUGUCAGGACGUCGCCGUUUAAAGGGGCCAUGCCGUUCAAGGUGGUCCUAAACGGACCGGCCCCCUGGGGGUUCCGUCUGGUGGGCGGCAAGGACUUCAACCAGCCACUGACCAUCUCCAGGAUCACACCCGGCAGCAAGGCGGCAGCGGCCAACCUUUGCGCCGGCGACCUGCUCGUGGCCGUAGAGGGCGCGUCCUCCGCCGACAUGCUGCACUGUGACGCUCAGAACAAAAUCAAAGACGCCACCGAUCGCCUCACGCUCACCGUGGAAAGAAGCGAAGCUAAAGUGUGGUCGCCGCGGGUGACGGAGGACGGCAAAGUCCUUCCCUUCAAGAUGAGCCUGGAAUCCGAGCCGCAGGAGUACAAGCCCAUCGGCGUGGCGCACAACCGGCGAGCUCAGCCGUUCGUGGCGGCGGCCAACAUCGACGACACCCGUCAGGUGGUCAGCACCGCCUACAACACGCCCAUUGGACUCUACUCCUCCGGAAACAUCCAGGAUGCCAUGGAGGGGCAGAUGAAAGGAUUUGUGCAGCCCAAGACCAACAGCCCGAGGACGCUGGCAAACAUCGAGGAUUCCGACGUCUUUCGCAUGUUGCGGCAGGACCACGAGGAACCUGCGCAACCUCGACAGUCGGGAUCCUUCAAGGCGCUACAGGAAUAUAUCGAGAGCGAUGGCACCAAGCCGAUGGUGACCAGGACAGUUAAGGCGCCCAGCACCAAACCCAGCGCGCCUGCUGGAAACCUGCAGAAACUUCCCAUCUGCGACAAGUGUGGAAAUGGCAUUGUCGGUACGGUGGUGAAGGCUCGCGAUAAGUUCCGCCACCCGACUUGCUUCGUGUGCGCCGACUGCGACGUCAACCUGAAGCAGAAAGGUUACUUCUUCGUGGAGGGCGAGCUGUACUGCGAGGCGCACGCCCGUGCCAGGAGCAGACCCCCCGAGAGUCAAGACCUGUAGUUCCACAUCACAUCUGGGCCGUGAUCUAACCCCCCCCUCCCGGCCAGUCCCCACACCGACAUCCCCCCACCCUGAGGGAUGCCUCCUGGUCACCGUCUUCCCUUACGUCACUGACAUCACUUCCUGUUUACCAUCUUUUCCCAUUUCCUGUUUGUGACUCUUCAUCAAGCCAAUAAAGACGACUUCAUCCUGCCCUCAA